AGAAAUUGUUUCUACAGUGGGCAUGCUUCCUUUGGCUGUAGCUGUGAUAGGGUCCAAUCUUUCUUCCUGGGGCAAAUAUUUGGGGCAUUCGGAAAGAAGAGAAGUAUGGGACGAGACACUGAAGAAGUUAAAGCAAGGUCCUUUUAAGGAUGUUUGAGAUACAUUAAUGAUAAGUUAUGAACAAUUAGAGGAUAAGCACCAAGAAGUAUUUUUGGAUAUAGCUUGCUUUUUCAUCAGUGCCGAAGGAACAUAUCCGGUUAUCAUGUGGAAAGAUUGUGGAUACUUUCCCACCAUUGCAAUAAGGGUUCUUUCUCAAAGGUCCUUGAUCAAAAUUAGAGAUGGUAAUAGGUUUUGGAUGCACAACCAAGUUCGUGACUUUGGAAGAUAUAUUGUUCUUCAAGUGUAUUCUCGCAAGUUUUGUGGGCUGUGGAUUUCUGAGGAUGCCCUAAAGCUACUGGAGGGAAAAAAGAGAAAUGAAGAUGCGGAAGCACUAAGCUUGACUUCCGAUGGCUGCAACCACAGCAUUGCAUCUGAAGAAUUAGCUGCUCUACCAAACCUAAGGUUCCUUCGAGUGAAAGGCAUUGACCUUUUUGGCAACGUCGAGAAUCUUCUUUUCGAAUCUAAGAUGGUUUUCUUGGGAAAUUAUGCAUAAGGUAUUUUAUACAGAGAGUUUGCAUUUUGCAAAUUUGGUCGUGCUAGACCUUUCAAGAAGUGAUAUCGAAGAUGACUGGGGUGGGUGGAGCCAAAUCCAGGUACGAUAUGCCUUACUCCAUUCACCUUUAUUCCAUCUUUAGGGAUCAUCCAAUGUGUGGUACACAUCCUUGGUGUGCUCCCCAGAUAUAAAAUAUUUUGGGCUAGUCUAACAUAUAGAAUCGACUACAACUAGCUAAACACAUUUGAAAAGAAAGGAGAGGAAGCUAUAGAAUCAC